AUGGUGCUUGAGAAGCUAGAACAAUUUGGCUAUAAAACCAAGUCUGUCCAGUGGUGGAAGCUACUCAAUGUUGCAUACCAGAACAAGUUUCAAUUCAAACUCUGGCCUGAUGGUGUUCAUCCGGUUGGCCCAGACUUCAACUGCCACACCCUCAGCGCUCAACAUCUGAAGCUACUCAUCAUGUCUUACAUUAAGUGCAGGGCAACACAGUAUUAUGACACUGAACUGAAGACAGAAGCUACUAAUCUACUUGAACUUCGGCACAAGCAAGGACACAGUGAUAAGACUCUUGAUGAUAUCAUUGACGAGUUGGAUGUCACUGUGUCCGAGAUUGAUAUUGUUCCUUGGCCACAAGAUCACAUUGACCAAUGUGAAAAUGACAACCCUAGGAUGUUCGAUAUUCCUUUGGUCACCAGCACUUCCCACAUCAUGCUCCACAAACUAGCAGACUCUGAGAAAUUCAAGUACUCCAUCCCAAAAACAUUGCUGGAACAGUACAAGGAAGCAACAUCAACCAGUGGUUUGAAUGUUGGCCCCCCUUCUGAAGAAAGGCAGCGUGAAGAUACUACUUGUGAUUGCCAGCCUCAACAACAGACUCACCAUGCUGCUCAUGGAUUUUCUGUUGUUCACAAGGACCACCACAGCAACAAUGAUCUGCCCCAUACAGAACACCACCCAGCAGAUUAUGAUCAAACAUUUGAAUCUGAGGCUGAUAGCUUGAAUGCACCAGACUCUCGCAUCAGGAAAAAGUUGAAGGUUGUACGUUACGAUGGUGCUCCACACAUUGUCCCAGCUCAUCCUCAUCCUCGACCUCAUGCACCUAUCCCUGGCUAUGAGCCACCUCAACACUGGCGUAAUGAGGUAUGGCAGAUGUCUCCACAGCAUGUUCAAGCUUAUGGGCAUAAUGUGGCCCAUUCUCACCAUGAUUUUUUGGCUGCAGGCCCUUCAAGAGUGGUUGCAAGGGGACAUGAGAAAUAUGCUUAUGGCCAGAACACUCCGUCUCCUGAUUAUGGUGGCCAUUCAUAUGAUCGUGAUUUUGAUUACCAUGACUAA